GAUUAAGGGUGAGAGCUCAUUUAAUAGCUUGACUUUAUUUUAUUAUUUUAAUACUGCUCAACUGUUCCAUUAGAGUAGAGGAUAACUAGACGAAUUAUUCAUUAUUUAUACAUUCAUUCAUUAACACAUAACCAUGAUUAGAAAAUCUCAAGUAGUUCUUAAUAAGUACAAAUUUUAUGAUUUGGUUGCAGCAACAUAUUCACAUCCUUCUGAGCCAUUGGAGGCCAUGAAGAGCAUCUUUGCACGUGAAAAGCAUGGCGAAGGAGCUCUUGAUUCGACUACCAAGAGGGCUUCAUUCAAAGGUAAUUAUCAAUUAGAUGGCCUUAGCGGGGAAGAAAGAAUAGCCAAAAUUUUUGGGGGUAGAAUAAAGGGUGAAUCACCUCGUUCAUCAAGUAGAAUACUUAGAGGAGAACCGAUUACAAUUGCAGGUGUGAAAGUUCCUCCCAAGCCAAUAGAACCAGAUAAUUGUUGUAUGAGCGGAUGUGUCAAUUGCGUGUGGGAAUUAUUCAAUGAUGAUUUGAAAGAUUGGAAAAGUAAACGUGCUGAAGCUGCCAAACAAUUGGUAAAGAAGGGAGGAAGAUGGCCCGAGAACUUCUAUGCCCCUGUAUAUUUAUUAAACAAAGAAAACCUUCCUCGGAGUAUUGCUACUGACGAGAAGAAACAGGAAGAUUUAUCAAAGAAGGAAGAUGGAUGGGGCGAAGUUCCAGUUACUAUUAAAGUAUUUGCUGAAAUGGAAAGAAAAUUGAAACAAAAGAGAAAACAAGAAGCAACUACAUCUCCAUGAACUUGUUCAUAUAUGAAGUUAUCUAGAUUUAGUUGAACAUACAAGUAGUUGGUAGUUGAUCAGUUAAUUUCACAGGUUAAAUUGAUCUGCAAUAUAUUAAUUAUGUUGUUAAGUCCCAAAUGAAUUUAUCAACAUGGAGACUUCAUUUAAAGUCACUCAAUACUUGCAACUAGGGUAUCCUUAUUAGAGAUAAUUCAGAAAAUAACACACUACCCGCCCACUUUGAUGAGUAUUUAUAUGCAUAUUUAUUUCUCAUUCUAUUUCAGUAUAUAAGGUGAUUAGAUUCAAAUUAGA